GCGGUGUGCCCUGGUCGACACUUGGGGGGUGCGGCCGCCAUUGUCCCUGGCCAAGGACAGAAGCCGGACGCUCAGUGCAGCAGCCCCGGAGCUCAGCUCAGCCUCAGUGCAAGGUCGGGGCAGUGGCUGCGAGCCAGGCUGAUACUUGCAGUGCUCCCAGACAGGACCCUGGCUGAUUAAUCCUCAGGGAUGGCAGCCAUCAACCCAUGGCCCUCCUGGGGUACCCUCAUGGACCAGUCUGACCCUUCUGUCUCCUGGGCUCUAUGCCCUCAGGAUCCAGCAUGGCACAUAGAGGGAAGCCCUGAGGAGAGCAGAAGACAGGCAGAUGGGCUUCAAACAGCCCAAGACCAGGAACCAGUGACUUUCAAAGAUGUGGCUGUGGCCUUUACCCAAGAAGAAUGGGAGCAGCUAGACCUUGUUCAGCGGACUCUGUACCGUGAUGUGAUGCUAGAGACUUAUGGACACCUACUUUCUGUGGGGAAUCAGAUUGCUAAGCCUGAAGUCAUCUCCCUUUUGGAACAAGAAGAGCCAUGGUCACUGGAGCAAGGAUAUCCUAAGAGCAGCUGUCCAGAGUGGAUGAGAAAUGUUGAAAGCAAAGCAUUGAUUCCAGCACAGAGUGUUUUUGAGGAAGAACAAUCCAGCAAUGGAAUGGUGUUAGAAAGAUACAUAUGGGAUAAUCCAUGGCUCUCCAGGUUAGGAGUUUUGGGAUAUGGAGACCAAAUAGAAAUGUAUCACAUGAAUCAGAACGCAGGUAUGAGGGAAAUGGUCUUCAUGCAAAAACAAGUACUUUCUCAACGAGGUUCUGAAUUCUGUAAACUUGGCACAGAGUACAGCCAAAGCUUAAACUUAAUUCCACCUCAAAGAGUUUCUCAAUUAGAACAUUUCUACAAAUCUGAUACACAUCUUGAAACUUGGAGAUGUAAUUCAGCCAUAAUGUAUGCAGACAAAGUUACCUGUGAAAAUAUUGAUUAUGAAAAAGCCUUCUGCCAGUCUGUUCAGCCUGUUUACCCUGCAAAAUUGCAAACUAGAGAUAAUAUGUUCAAAUGUACUGAUGCUGUGAAGUCUUUCAAUCAUAUUAUACAGUUUGGUGAUCAUAAAGCAGUACAUACAGGAGAAAAACUCUAUGGAUAUAAGGAAUACCAUCAAAUCUUUAACCAGAGCCCAUCACUUAUUGAACAUCCAAGAUUUCAAAUUGGAGGAAACCAGUAUGAGAAAUAUAAAGAGUACGGGAAUAUCUUUUAUUUCUCAUCUUUUAUGGAACAUCAAAACAUUGGUGGUGUAGAAAAGGCAUAUAAAUAUAAUGAAUGGGAGAAAGUCUUUGGUUAUGACUCAUUACUUGCUCAACAUACAAGCACAUACACUGCAGAGAAACCCUAUGAAUUCAACAAAUGUGGUACAUCUUUUAUCUGGAGCUCUUACCUUAUUCAACAUAAGAAAACUCAUCCUGGAGAUAAACCCUAUGAAUGUGAUAAAUGCAGAAAAGUUUUUAGGAAUCGUUCAGCCCUUACUAAGCAUGAACGGACUCACACUGGAAUAAAACCUUAUGAAUGUAACAAAUGUGGGAAAGCCUUCAGUUGGAAUUCUCAUCUUAUUGUACACACAAGAAUCCAUACAGGAGAAAAACCUUAUGUAUGUAAUGAAUGUGGGAAAUCAUUCAACUGGAAUUCCCAUCUUAUUGGGCAUCAGAGAACUCAUACUGGAGAGAAACCUUUUGAGUGUACUGAAUGUGGCAAGUCUUUUAGCUGGAGUUCCCAUCUUAUUGCCCAUAUGCGGAUGCAUACUGGAGAGAAACCCUUUAAAUGUGAUGAAUGUGAAAAGGCUUUUAGAGAUUAUUCAGCCCUUAGUAAACAUGAAAGAACUCACUCUGGAGCAAAACCAUAUAAAUGUACUGAGUGUGGAAAGUCCUUCAGCUGGAGCUCCCAUCUUAUUGCUCACCAAAGAACUCACACGGGAGAGAAACCUUACAACUGUCAAGAAUGUGGCAAAGCUUUCAGAGAGCGUUCAGCCCUUACAAAACAUGAAAUUAUUCAUUCUGGAAUUAAGCCCUAUGAAUGUAAUAAAUGUGGAAAAUCAUGUAGCCAAAUGGCCCAUCUUGUUAGGCAUCAAAGGACUCAUACUGGAGAAAAGCCCUAUGAAUGCAAUAAAUGUGGAAAAUCCUUCAGUCAGAGCUGUCACCUUGUUGCUCAUCGGAGAAUUCACACUGGUGAGAAACCCUAUAAAUGUAAUCAAUGUGAACGAUCCUUUAAUUGUAGCUCUCACCUAAUUGCACACCGGAGAACUCAUACUGGAGAAAAACCAUACAGGUGCAAUGAGUGUGGGAAGGCAUUUAAUGAGAGUUCUUCCCUGAUUGUACACUUGAGAAACCAUACUGGAGAGAAACCCUACAAAUGUAUUCAUUGUGAAAAAGCUUUCUGUAAGAAUUCUUCCCUGAUUAUUCAUCAGAGAAUGCAUAGUGGAGAGAAACGCUUUAUAUGCAAUCAAUGUGGAAGAGCCUUUAGUGGUCAUUCAGCCUUACUUCAACAUCAGAAAAAUCAUAGUGAAGAGAAACUGUAACUGAAUUGGUCAAAGACUUUUCUUUUAUUGUAUGUUUAACAACACAUUGGGUAGGGGUGGAAGCCCUAUAAGUAUAACCAAGAAGGAAGUUUUUCACUAAGAAUUCAGUUAAACUGUCUUUACUAUACAACAGGAAAUCUCUUUUUAGAAGAAACUUUGAGUGACAGAAACGAAAAGACUAGGGAAAAACUUUCAGCAGUUAUGUAGCCUGUAUUCAAUGGUAGGAAAUUAUAGGAAAAAAAGUUCUAAGCUUUUUAUGUGGUCUGAGGAACAUGAUUGGGUGAAUGCAGUAUUCUAGCAAAAGCUCUGAUUUGUAGAUCAAGAUGUAGAAGUUUGUGCAUUACUAAGAGGAAAGUCUUGUGCCAAGAAUAGUUAGUGUUUUAACUGGAAAAAUACUACCUGGAAUAUAGAUGGGAAGCUUUGCAUUAACAUUUUGUGCAUAAUGAUAGAAACAGAUUUUGCUAUUACAAGGGGAGGGUCUAGGUGCUCUUUAAGAGAUAGAAUAUGGAAUAUUAAGUCUGAACUUAUGGGGAAAAAUUAGUAUAGUACUGAGUGGAAUAUUUACUGUUGAUCAAGGUUAACCUCUUUAGAAAAAAAUUAGUAAAUGAGAUCACUAAUGAUAGAAGAUAGAAAGGCUAUUGCCUAGAAAUAUGAAACUGAGUUUUGAAAUAGAACCAAUACUUAAUAAUGUAGUGUCAGUGUCCAUUGGUACAUAUCAGUGAAUUAUUGGGCAGUUAGCUUAUAACUCUUAGGCAAUCACUAUAAAUUAUAAUUGUGGGUACUGGCAAUAUAUGUAAUAGAAGAAACAACAGUAAAAAGGACACAAUUGUACAUAAACAUCUACUAUAACAUCUAAAAAAGUGUGUUUGGAUAAAGACCUCUUAGAUCCAUGGAGAAAUUAACCCAGUUAAUUUAAGGGGUUUUUUUGGGGGGGUUGUUUUUGUUUGUUUUGUUUUACAAAUACAUAAGCACUUACCAUGUGCUAGGCCUCCUUUUAAAUUCUUUUUUUUAAAAUAUUAACUUGUUCAAUUCCCUUAACUCUAUGAAGGAGGCAUUGUUACUACCGCAGACUUACAAGUGGAUAAACAGAAGCAGAGAUGUUGAAUAACUUACCCAGGAGACACAAGAGAGUACAGUUGAGAUACUUUGGCUCCAGAGUGUGUUUUUAACCACUGUGUUUUCUCACUUUUGUUCAAUGUUUUUAUAAUAAUAUUUGAUAAUAAAAUUCAAGAAAAUCCUAACUAAUGAAAA